GUUAUGGCACGAUUUUUAUCUUUUUAUCAGACAAAAUAAAGAAAAAUAGAUGUUCAUGAAACCCUACGUAAAUUUACGGGUGUGAAAAACUUGGCACCUGAACAGGAUACAAUAUGAACUCAACCGCAGCAUUAUGAACAAUUCCUAUUGCCGGCACAUUGUCACUUUAUUUGGGUUAUUCAGUAUUGUCAAAGUUGCUACGGUAACUUCGUUCUUUAAUGGUGUAAUAUUAACAGAAGCCCCUGGAAUAUUCUAGUUGGCAUUGGGAAAUACCUGUCUUAUGCUGAUGUGUCCUAUUACUAGUAGUGCUACGACCCGGCAACACUUAGUGGUACUACCUAUACGUAUAAGGUUCAUGAAGGAACGAUGGGUUAGUUGUCUUCUAGUGUCAAGUAGGUUCGUGUAACAAUCGACUUGGAGCUCACUGGUAACAUUCUUCCAGAAGGCUUAUCACAUGUGCAGAACAUAUCAGAAAAAUGGUCGCAAGAAAUUGGAUGCAACAUCACCCAGCCUUAGUAGCUGGCACUCUUUUAGGAGGAGCUUGUGCCGGGGCAGUAUUUUACAUCGAAAAGCCAUAGGGAAGAUGGUUUGUUCUUGGAGGCUGUUGCGAUCUGUUUUGACAAGAAAUAGGAGCAUCCAUGUCAUCACCUCUAAGGAAGCUUGGAAUGAUGUCGAACCACUUCUGCUAAGUGAAGCAGAGCGUGAGGGUGCUGUAGGAUUUGAUUGUGAAUGGGUCCAUAUUCGAGGGAGGCGUCGUCCUGUUGCACUAUUGCAGGUGGCUACAUGUUCUGGCCUGUGUGUGUUGGUGCGACUGUCUCACUUAAAAUCCAGUAUUCCAGACUCCCUGAAGGCCUUUUUGGAAAUGAAGCUAUCCUGAAAGUUGGUGUUGGAACCCUUAGAAGAUAGCAGUUAUCUAAGUGCAGAUUACAAUUUGAAGGUACGAGGCUGUGUAGAUCUACGUCAUUUGUUGCUGCGUUGUCAAGAGUUGGAUCAAGCAGAUUGUGAUGACGCCAAUGUCAAGUCUGCAGGGGGUAUGGGUUUAAAUGCUUUGGCAGGAAGGUAUUUAGGACGCACCUUGGAUAAAGACUGGAGAGUAAGAGCAAGUGAUUGGGAAGCUGAUACCUUAACGAAACGCCAGGAAAAUUAUGCUGCUGAAGAUGCUUUAGUAGGCAUUCACAUUCUGAUGAUGAUGGUUGAAAAAUUGUGGACCCCUGUUUCUCCAAUAGUCUCUCUUUUACCUGGAUCUUUGUGGAAUCAACAUUUAAGUAAACAGAUCCUUCAGAUUUGUCGUGACUACUGCGAUGUUAAGUUUUCUUCUAAAAAGGACCAAGAAUCAGGUACUGCCCCAAAUCCUAAACAACACCCAGCAUCAAAAAUUAAGGCAGCAAUAGGACGCAAUGGUAUACGCAAGGGCCCAUUGUAUCACAAUUGUCAGCUGUGGGCUCCAGAUAAUAAACCUCUCUGCACUAUUGACCCUAAAAAAGCCCGAUGGUAUGUCGAGAAAGGUUUAGGGGAUUUGGUUAGUGAAGACCCUUUGAUUGUACGUCUAAAGUUUGAACCAGCUGGUCGCCCACAAAUGGAAAUGCAGGAUGGGCAGUUCUACCUACAGGAACGUCAAAAUAUAUGUGUAGUUUGUGGAAAAGGAGAAACAUUUAUUAGAAAAAACGUUGUUCCUAGAGAAUAUCGCAAAUAUUUCCCUGAUACUUUGAAAGCACACCAGAAUCAUGAUGUUGUGUUGUUAUGUUCUGGUUGCCAUAGACUGAAUAACAUGCGUGACCAGCAACUUCGUUUCAAGCUAGCAGAAGAAUUUGAUGCUCCUAUUGGCACAGAGCAGGAUGUUAAGUGUACUUUUGACAAGUCCCUAAAAUCAGUUAGGUAUGCUGCUGGUGCUUUACUGAGAAGUCGAGAUGAGAUUCCAGAGAAGAGAAUUGUGGAAUUGGAAAACAUCAUCAAGCACUUUUAUAACAUUGAGGAAAUUACUCAGGAACAUUUGGAGAAAGCUUAUAACAUGGAUGUCAAGAUAUGGAAUGAUGAUUAUCAAGCUCAUGGAUACAAGGUGUUCAAAGCAUAUGAAAAGAUUGGACUGGUGAAGCUGGAACAGAGAUGGAGAGAAUUUUUCUUGAGCUCCAUGGAACCAAAAUUCAUGCCAGACUGUUGGUCUGUUACUCAUAAUGUUUUUAAGAUGCGCCUGAAGAUGAGUCUUUUACCUUUAGAUCAUCCAGAUAGAGAAAAAUACAGAAUAGUGUUGGUAGGCACAGAAGGAACUAUAGACAUUCCAUACAAUCCUGAUUUAAGUAGAGAGUCUACACCGUGCAAUUCAGACAAUUUAGUAAGUGGCAUUAAAGAUGAUUCAGCAUUGAGUAGAGAUGCAUCAGGUGAAACUGAUGAAGUACUGAAUGGAGGUGCAUCAGGUGAAACUAAUGAAGAAGACAGUAAACGGUAAUUUUAUACUUGGCAAGUUAGUUUGUUAUCAUUAAACUUUUAGUAGAAAUGUUAACAAUGAUCAUCUAUAGAUAUGUUUCUUAAAGAAUGUUGAUUAGCUAUUAUAUAGAGUAUUAUAGAGUAUUCAGGAUUUUCUUGACUCUGAAUUUGUAGCUCAGUACAAGUCAAUUGUGUCGACAGUCGUCGUUGCAAUAGUUAAUUUUCUGAAGGUCAUGUUAAUUUGACUGAUAUUUGCAAUAUUUGUGAAGAUUCAAGGGAGCCUUCAGUAGAAUUUUCACUUGAGAAUUGUUAUUGGUAAUAUUAUUACAAUUAUGUGUUCUAUAAGUAUUAAAGAAACUUGCAUAAAGGUCACCAUUUCAGUGGCAGGUUAGUGACAGCAUCACAGAUAAACUUGAUAUUAAAGAGGUCACACUGGCGCUUCUAACAGAUAUUAAAUAGUUAGCAGAUAGAGCAUUUUUAAGGGCAUUUUAUAAUCGUUAGUACUUACGACCCCAUGCAGUAUCAAGGAGUAUCAAGAAUUCUUAUUUCCUCCUAAGAUUAAACCGUCAUCCAUAUUUUCCAAUGGCUUUUCCAUUGGAACUCACUUUAGUGAAGUAAGGGGAACUAGAGAAUGUUAACAAGUUGCCAAUUUAGAAAGUUGGAUUUCUUACAAAUUGUCUUUGAUCUGUUGUAGUUUUACAGUAUUUAAUACUACCAGUGUAGUACAUACCUUUGUACACUCUUUGAAGGGGUUUGUUAAUCAGGUCUCUUCUUUAAAAUGUACAGUAUUGACAAAACUGACAUUUUUUAUCAUUGACAGAGUUUUCUACUGUAGAUUGUUUUAGAAAUUAUAUUUUUUAGUGUUACAUGGCUGAUGUAUGUAAAUAAGAUGCCAUCCAUCUUUAUACAUGACUGUUGUUAUAGUCAGUGUGGAUGUGUUGUAUGUUUAUGAAGUUUUUUAGCACAAAGGUUGUUGUAUGGUUAUGAAGUUUUUUAGCACAAAAGUUGUUGUAUGGUUAUGAAGUUUUUUAGCACAAAGGGUACUAUUUAUACUAUUUGUUAUUUUACAGUUUGAUAUUUUAUAC